CGCGAUGGGAGUCACUGGACUGUGGCGGUUGAUCGAGCCGACAGGCAAGCCGGUGCCGGUUGAAACUUUGGAAAACAAAGUAUUGGCAAUAUUUCAAUAUGGUUGCAUCAGAUGGUGAAAGGCUACCAAGAUGCCAAAGGAGCUCCACUUGCAAAUGCCCAUCUUAUGGGUCUAUUCCAGCGCCUUUGCAAACUGCUUUAUUUCAGGAUAAAGCCUGUCUUCGUAUUUGAUGGUGGUUUCCCAGACUUGAAGAGAGAAACAAUAGCAAAAAGACAAUAUAACAAGGCAAAGUACAACUCUGAGUCAGAGAGAAUUAAAAGAGAACUAGCGCUCUUGCUCAGUAAAAAGACUGCAAUCAGUAGUCUUUUGGGCAAAGAGAUAUCUCCGAAGAAAGGGUCAAGCAGCAAUACCACUAACAAUGAUGAUCUUUUCAAAUUGCCUGCCUUACCAGAAAACAAAGAAGAAAGUGAAUCAGAGUCAGAAGAUGAAAGCUCCAGCUCCAGUUCCAUUAUUGAUUUACAUUCAGUAGAUAUAGAAUCAAACACAUUCAAGACUUUACCUGCAAAGGAGAAGUAUGACUUGCUCAUAGAAUUGAAAGAAACAAGGAAAAUGAAUUCUUGGGGUAGACUUCAUGAGUUGCCAAAGAAUAGUGAUAACUUCUCAGACUUCCAAAUGCAGAGGCUCCUAAAAAGGCGUAAAGUUCAAGAAUGUUUAGAGGAAACAGAAAAGGAAAUGGGUGAUGGUGGUAUGUCUUUAAACGAGUUAGAGUCUCUUCUUAAUGAAGAAGGCAUAGACACAAAAAUAGAAGAAUUACCCACAAGGCGUAUUGCGUCUAAUGUUAACACAAGAUUUUUGCUCAUAAACAACGUAAAGCAGGCUUUACUUGACGCAAAAAAGAGACAAGAAAACAAGAACAAUCCAGGACCCAGUGCAGCUAAAGAAGAAAUAAUAACAAUAGAAGAGAAGCCACCUGUUGAAGAUGAAUCAGAAGAAGAUUUAGAGAAAGCUAUAAAAAUGUCACUUGAGUUUGGAAAUGAAGACAAAAAUAAUCCAGGAUCAAGUACUACUAAAGAAGAAAGUAUUGUAAUAGACAAGAACCCACCUGUAAAAGAUGAAUUAGAAGAAGACCUAGAGAAAGCUAUAAAAAUGUCACUAGAGUGUGCAGAUGAUCAAAAUACAAGCAACUAUACUUCUAAAACAGAUGAUUCCUGGACUUCAGUAUUGUCUGAUAAUGAUUAUUCACAGACCGACUCUGAAGAAGAAGAUGGAAUGGAACAACCAGAUAUGUCCUCGGCUAAGGCUUACAUAAUGCAAUACAGCGAUUUCACGAAUAAAGCAAUAGACGAAAUCAUAACAGUAAAAAAGAAAACUAAAAAGCCUAAAACUAUGGGUGUUGAUAAAAUCUUGGAAGAAAUCAACAAUGAAAAAUCUAUCAUUGUUGACAAUGUAGAUGUAUCGUCAGAUGACAGUGGUUCAGUUGAAAUAACUUCUGAUAAAGUUAGUGAUAAAGACGUAGAGCUAAGCUAUAAAGAACUAGAAAACAAAGAAACUGAUGUAGACUUAACCCAGGCAUCGGUUGUAUUUGUUGAAAACCCGGUGCAAGAUAUCAUAACACUUGAUACUAGUGCAGAAGAUAAUGCCUUAGACGCGGAAAAUGUAGUUAAAGAUAGCGGAAAAAACCACUGUGAUAAAAUUAAUUUAGAUAAACUUGGCACAAUCAAUACGGCUAAUAAACAAUUAAGUAUUCCUAUUGGAAUUGAAUCAGAAUCUAGCGACGAGGAAUUUGAGGAUGUCCCUGAAAUCGAAAGCAAAUCAACGAAACCUGGUAUAGAACUUACGCUGAACAUGGAACAAACAUGUGAAGAUGACGAUAUAUUUGCAGAUGUUUUCUCUGAUAAGAAGAGCAGCAGUAAUAUUGUUGAUAUUGAUCACGUUCUGCCACCUAUCAAAAAUAAUAUCGAUAAAGUUGAAAGUGUAGUUAAUCCAAUUAAAUCGGAUUUUGACAAAUCUCUAAAAAGUUCUCCCAAAGAACAUGCAUCAGCAUCUUUAUCAACAAAUCUUACGCAGACGGCUGAAAAGGAGGAUAGUAUUCAGAAAAACAAUAAAGAUCAUACUACAAGCCAGAAAAAAGAUAGCCUUUCGAUAACUAAUACAGUCCCUAAAAGUACUAUUGAGAAAACUACGCCAAGUGAUAUUCAUGAAAAUAAAUCUCCUAAAUUUUUAGCUGAAGGGGUUACAAAGGCUAAUACUACGAAGGUCGAUGCUCCACCACCUAAAGAAAUAUCCAUUGAAAAAUUAAAUGAUAUGGCUAAGGAAGUGGAAAAUGAACAACAACAACUGGAGCAAGAAAAGGGGCGGCUUGAUCGUGUAGGUCGGAACAUUACCGAACAAAUGACUAAAGAGGCUCAAGAAUUGCUUCAAAUAUUCGGGAUCCCCUACAUAGUUGCUCCGAUGGAGGCCGAGGCGCAAUGCGCUUUUCUCGAGAGCAUUAAGUUAACUGAUGGGACCAUCACAGAUGACAGCGAUAUCUGGCUUUUCGGGGGAAAGACAGUUUACAAAAAUUUCUUCAAUCAGAAAAAGCUUGUGUUGCAGUUCUUAUCAGAAAGGAUCGAAAAAUCCUACAACUUAACCAGAGAGCAGUUGAUUUUGCUAGCAUUACUAGUAGGCAGCGAUUACACAACUGGCAUUGAUGGAGUGGGCCCUGUUACAGCGUUAGAGAUCUUGGCGUCAUUCCCCUUCAACAGAAAACAAUUUUUAAAUGAAACAUCUAAGCAAGGAAAAUAUCAGCAAGUUGUUACUGGGUUGCAGGAGUUUAAGAAUUGGGUGCGAGCUGGCAAAAGAACUGAUAAUACCAGCCUUAAAAAGAAACUGAGAAAUAUAUCUUUGAAUGACGAUUUCCCUAGUGUUAGGGUAGUACAAGCUUAUUUCGAUCCAAAUGUUGAGAAGAGCGAGGACAAAUUUACAUGGGGGGAAUUAGACAUCACAAUAUUACGGGAUUACACAAAAGCGAAGUUUGGAUGGUCACAAAAUAAGGUAGAUGAAAUAUUAAAACCGGUUUUGAAAAGGCAAAUGGAAAGAAAAAGUCAGAAGACAGUGCGUGAUUACUUUAAAAGAACUGUAGAGUUCCAAUCUUUGGAGCACCAAAUGAGUAAGAGGGUAAAGGCGGCAGUUCAAAAAAUGGACCCCCAGAAACCGGUGGGUGAACUGCUCCCGGUUGAUGAAGAACAGCCCUCGACUAGUUCAAAGCCUCCUAGAAAAAGAAAAACCAAUACAGAAAAGGGAACCGCUAAAGCGAAACCCAUCCCCACCGGCCCUGGACCUGUAAAAAGAAAUAAAAAAGAUUCCGAAUGCAAAGACCUUAAUGUUAGAGUUGUGGCACAUGUAGACGAGGCAACUCCUGGAAUAGAUAUAAUAAUUCCGAAAACGGACAGAUAUCAAGAAAUCAUUCCACAACGAGAAAAAGACAAGGAGAGUCUGUUACAAAACAGAAUGAAAGCUAUCGAAAUAUUCAGAAAAACUAAUAUAGACCGUAAAAGAAAGGCUUUCAAGAAGAAACCACUUUUACCCAAGGAAAAGGCUGAUCUGUCUGAAAGCAGUGAUGGAGACUAAUUUAUUUUUACACGUGUUUUACUUAACUAAUAAUGAUACAAAGUUAAAAAUAAAAUACAAUUAUAAAAUAGUACAUUUAUUGUUUACAUACA